GGCUAGUGUUGCAUUCAAGAAUGUUAGCCAAUCACCAGGGAUUCAAACUAUUGUCCUCUGCCCCUGACUCAUCCCAAAAACAUUAUCUUCUUCUUCUACAUCUUUCAACAAAUUUCAAUUUCAUUGCAGGUUUAGUCUCCGGUCACCAUUUAUUAUGUUCUAAACUCCACCCACAAUUUCUUGGUCUUUCUUGCGUGAAUAUGUAUGAAGAAAUGACUCUUGAAGGUAAUUAUUCACUGAAGAAACCCCAGAAUCAGGAGGCCUUUCCAGAGCCACUGUCAAAAGCAAGGGAGCUUCAUAUUGCUAGGAGGGAUAUGAGCCAUAAAGAGAGUAGAAGAAUUGCAGAAUCAGCAAAGUUUAAAGCAGAAUCUGAACUCUUUAGUGCAAAGAAAACGGUGAAGGAUUUGGCUUCAAUGAUAGAGGAAUCAAAUUCUAAGGCGAAGGAAAAGAUUAAGGAUGUUGAAUCUUUGAAAAAGAAAGGAAAACUCGAAGACAAGGCAUCGGUUUUUAUGAGUCUCGAAAGUUAUCAGUAUGCCGAAGUUAUGAAAGAAGUGGAGAUUGUGAAACAUGAACUCAGUGAACUUAAGCUUGAAAUGGAGUCUAUAAUGGCAGAGAAAGCGAGAGCAGUGAAGGAGUUUGAAUAUUCAAGCUCGAAAAUAAUUUCUAAUGGUAGGUAUAUCGAAGAGCUCAGGAAGGAAAUUGAGGCAGCUAACGAGGAACAUGUUCUGGUUGAACUGGCUAGGAUCGAGGCAUCGAAAGAAACUGCAGAUAUCGAAGCUCAAAAAGAGAAAGAAGUUGCUGAAUUUUCGUAUACGAUGGAUGAAAUGAAGAAGAAGAUGAAUAACAUGGUCAAAGAGAUCGAUCGGACUGUAGAGUUGGAACAAAGAUUGAAUGUCGCUUUGUCUGAUGUUAGUCUCUUACAAGAUAAACUUAAGCAGGUUAAGGAUCAAAAACCUUCAUCAGAGUCGAUCAGCAAGGAGUUGCUGGAAGCUAAGAACGAAUUGGCUUCGAUUCGAGAAGAGGGUUUUAGGUAUAUGUCAUCGAUGGAUGUUAUCCGAAAUGAGCAGAAACUUGUUGCUGAAGAAACAGAAAAGUUGAAGAAAACAGAAGAAAAGACAGAUUUGAGAGUUAAAAGUCUCAACUCAAAGCUCUUAAGAGCCAAAUCGAAGUUGGAAGCAGUGACAGCAGCUGAAGAGAAGGCUAAAUCAAUUGUGACCAAUCUUUCCCUGACAAUUGAACAGUUAAGAACUGAAGCUGAAGCAUCAAAGAAAGAAAAGGCUCUUGUAACCGAAGACAUCACGAAAAUCAAAGAAGAAAUCUGUCAAACCGAGUUCGAAACAGACUCAACCGAGAGAAACCUGCAGGCAGCUGUGGAGGAACUUGAAGCAGUCAAGUUAGCAGAGACGUCAGCUCUAGAAAAGCUGAGAUCUCUCAUAGAGACCACAAUUCAAUCUAGAGCUUCGGCAUCUAAUCAAAGCUCCACGAUUACCGUAUCGAAAUUUGAGUACGAGUACUUAACCGGACGUGCAGUUGGAGCCGAAGAGAUUGCUGAUAAGAAAGUUGUUGCAGCAGAGGCAUGGAUUGAAGCUCUCAAGGCUAGUGAAAGGGAAAUAUUGAUGAAAACCGAAAUGGUUCAAAGAGAUCUUAGGGAGACAAGGGUAGAGGAAGAACACGAAACAUAUCGAACCGAAAGGUCACUUUCAACAAAGAAAAUGAUAGAGAAUGAACUAAGAAAUUUGCAAAAUGGUGAAGGACAAAACAAGCAAUCUCCAUACGUCAGAAGAUCAAUGAAAAGCAAUGGCAACUUGACACCAUUAGGAAAAUCAAGGUCCCGUAGCUCGUCAUCACCGGUGACACGGGUGGGUGGAUUGACCCCGUUCAUCAUUAAGAAGAAAAGAAAAGUGAUGCCGAAUCUGGCCAAGAUCUUCACCGGUAAGAAAGUUGAUAAAAAUGCUUAAGCUUGUUAUGUUUCCAAGCUUCCUUAUCGCCAUCCCCUAAUCAUCCAUUCAAUCCCUAAAAAUUAAACUUAAAUCUCUAAUCCUUCAAUCACCCCUUCUCCACUCGUCGCCGACAAGUUUAUGAGACGACUGCCGUUGUCGGUACUUAUUAGGACCUUAUCUACAUUGGGGGCUGCUUCAACGUCAUUCUAAGAACUGAUACUGAGAGAUAAACUCCUUAUAACACAAAAAUGUAUCUACUUUUUUGCCAUUGUAAAUCUAAGAAUCGAACUCUAAACUUUUU